AUGGGCUCCCGCCCGGAGCCGCUGCAGGCGCAGAACUCGGAGGCGGCGAGCGGCGGCCGCGGCCCCGAGUGGCGGGCGCUGCUCGGGCGGGCCGACGCGCUGGCCUUCGGCGGGCGGCUGCACGAGGCGCUGCCGCUGUACCAGCUGGCGUCCCGGCAGCGGCAGCUGCGCGCCGAGCAGCUGGAGAAGCUGGUGGAGUGCCUGGCGCAGGGCGUGCGGCUGAAGGAGGGGCUGCCGGCCGGGAGCGGCGCCCCGCAGCCCCGGGACUGGGACGGCUGCCGCUGCCGCAAGUGCCAGGGGUUCCUCUUCGAGCCCGUGUCGUUGCCCUGCGGACACACCUUCUGCAAAAAGUGCCUGGAGAGGGAGGACCGUGCGGCAGCCGCGCGUUGCGUGCUGUGCCGCCAGGAGGGCGGCGGGCGGCUGCCGCGGGUCAACGUCAUCCUCAGUAACCUGCUGGGCAAGUGGUUCCCGCGGCAGGUGCGGGCCUCGCAGCUCCGCCACGAGGGGAACCUGCUGUACCGGGAGAAGAAGCUGCACGCCGCCCUGCAGAAGUACGACGAGGCGCUCAGCUUAGCUCCCAAUGACCACUUGCUAUACAGCAACCGGUCCCAGAUUAACUCGACUCUGAAAGCUUGUGAGGAUGCGCUGCACGAUGCCGAGGCAGCAUGCAGGCUGCAACCCUACUGGCUUAAAGGUCACUUAAGGAAAGGCCAGGCAUUGGCUAAUCUAGGGAAAACAGAAGAAGCUUUAAGAGAGUUUCUGUUCUGCCUUGCUCUGGACGUGGGGAACAAGACGGCCAAGUCUGAGGCUCAGAAGCUUCUACUUAGUUUGUUUUCACUCAUCCCGGGAAAUGCUCAGGAACACUUACCCGAUAUCCUGCAGCUGUUGUCACAUCACUCUAGAUUAAAGGGGAACCUCCUAAGUUCAGUGGGAUCUGGAGGCACCAGCCAUGCCCUGCAGAGGUUGCUCAAGGUAAAUGUGGAACAGAAAAAGGGCUUUCCUGUUCAAGAGGAACCAAACAUAACUAAUUCUGGCAGUUUAAGGAAGUCCAUGCAAACCACAGAGAGUAGAAAGGACUGCUCAGAGGAGGAGAACAAGCCCACCUCUGUGCCAGAGCCUGCCUUCCUCGUGUCUGAGAAGCGUGGCCUCCUGAAAAGGAAAGGCUGCUUGGAGGAGGCGAGGGCUGCAGAGGUGCCCUGCAAGCUCCUGAAGAAAGAUACAGUCGAUACCAAGGGAAGUAGCACUGGGCAACAUACUCCAUUUGAAUCUGUGGAUCCAUCAGAUCUGGAUUGCUCCCUGUGCAUGAGGCUCUUCUAUGAACCUGUCACCACGCCUUGUGGACACACCUUCUGUCUCAAAUGUCUUGAGAGAUGCCUGGAUCACAACCCCAAAUGUCCCCUGUGCAAAGAAGGGCUCUCAGAGUGCUUGGCUAUGAGGAAAUACUGCAAAACAGUACUAAUGGAGGAGUUAAUAGCUAGAUAUCUUCCAGAGGAACUCACUGAAAGAAGAAAGAUUUAUGAAGAGGAAAUAGCAGAGCUUUCCAACCUCAAUAAGAAUGUUCCCAUAUUUGUCUGCACAAUGGCUUACCCUACAGUCCCAUGUCCUUUGCACAUCUUUGAGCCCUGUUAUCGCCUGAUGAUUCGAAGGUGCAUGGAGACUGGCACCAAGCAAUUUGGGAUGUGCAUUAGUGACCCUGUGAAGGGGUUUGCAGAUUAUGGCUGCAUUCUGGAGAUAAGAAAUGUUGAAUUCUUUGCUGAUGGUCGCUCUGUUGUAGACAGCAUUGGCAAAAGGAGAUUUAAGGUGAUACAGCACAGCCAGCGUGAUGGCUACAACACAGCAGAUAUUGAGUACAUCGAGGAUCAAAAGGUGCAAGGACAAGACUACGCUGCACUGCUUGUUCUCCAUGAUUCUGUCUACGAUCAGGCAUAUAUGUGGUUUAAUUCACUCAAGCAAGCACUGAAGAGUAGAAUUCUCAGUCACUUUGGUCCAAUGCCAGCUAAGGAUCCUGACCCACAGGCUAACCCUAACGGGCCAGCCUGGUGCUGGUGGGUCCUAGCUGUCCUUCCACUUGAGAACAGAGCCCAGCUCCCUUUCCUUGCCAUGAAAUCCCUCAAAGACCGCUUGAAUGGCAUCAGACGUGUCCUUACAUUCAUGUCUCGUACAAGAUCGCGGUGAUGGUGAGGAGAGCUGUGAAGUCUCCCGCAGUGCUCGACUGUAGAGUGUCUCUUGUAACUUCAUCUGACUGCAGUAAUGUCUUACAGAUUUGUGUCUGAAUGUUUCCAGCCUGAAUUUCAGAGAAAAUAAGUUAAAAGGAGCAAGGGAUGUUUAUGGUUACUUUACUAGUUUCCAUUUGGAACUCGAUUUCUGAGAUGAUUAUUCAAUUACUGCACUGCUAAAUUAAUAACAAAUGUGAUAAAACAAAAAGUGAUCUUGUUUGCCAUAAACCUUUUAAAAAGCUUAAGAGGUUUUUUUAAUUUAUUUUUUUUUUUGUAGUGGGUAAAGGGUGAACUGUGCAGUUUAAUGUGAAGCAGAAUUAAUAAUGUUUAUGCAUUAUUUCAAUGAACUGCGUGGUCUUUUCCAAAUGGAUCAGGUUUUAUAUAGCAUUGUGUAUAACAAUGUUCACGACUUCCGUUUGAUAAUUUAUUUUUGCACUAUGAUUUUUUGUUUCGAAAUGUGUUAUUUAUGUGUUCAUCCUCUAUAGGAAAGUGAGCUGCUCUAUUUAUAGUGUUUUUAUCCUGUAUGUACAACGGGGGAAGGGGGGAAUGAUGAUUCUAGCAGUGCACAAAAAACUGCUUUGAUCAUUUUUCAGCUAUUUCUGUUCAAAUACUUGGAAUGUUUUUCUAUUUGUCCCCGGUCCUACUGUAGCCUAAGAAGGCUUUUUUCCUCCCAAAGCAGCCUGCUGUGAUGUCUUUGAAUACACAGACUGAGAGCUCAUGCACAGUUGUUGGAUCCUGACUCUCUGCUUGUAACUAUGGCUCUGAUAGCACAGCGCAGCCAAGCGCAUCCUUAACCGUGAGUGCAGGUGUCAGAGUGCUUGGCUAAGCCAAGGCAUGGAUCAGUUGAUGGCAGUGGGGAUUUGCUGACAGAAGGCUCACCCUUCUAAAAACAAAACUGGAAGUAUUGGUGUUUUGUUGUAGACAGACAGAUUUUUUUUUUAAUUAUUUUUUUAUAUCAACUCCGGUUGCUGUUGAGAUUAGCUUCACUUCUGGAGUGUCUGGGAUUUGGUUUUGGAGUGUUUGUAUGCGGGUGGAGGGAGGGUUAUUUUCAACUGCAGGACUAACAGGGCAGUUUGUACCACAUGAGAAGGAAUAUGUUGUAAUAAAUGCUGUUUAUGUCACCCCAAUGUUCAGCUUUCUGUUAGCUUCAAGUCUCUGCCCAGCCACCUCAUUUCUAUAGGCAGAGAUGGGGUAGUGUUGCUAAUAGUAGUUAACUGCUAAGGAAAACAAGUGAAUUUUUGGAUGAUCGCUUCUAGCUAAUGAGGCAGGUAAAAACAAGGCAAAAAUGAGAAUAGCAUCAAUUGCUUUUUGCUUUAAAUCAACAAGCUGUUUGCACUUUUUACUGCUUUCUGUCUACCAGCUUCUGGAGCUCGUCUUCCAUGGGGCCAACAUUGACAUUCAUUAAUUUCAGUUGGGGGGGGGGAAGGGAAAACAAACUGUUGUGGAAUGCUACAAUUUUUCUUGAUGUUUUUACCCAGGACAGCACUGUUGCCCAUUCCAUGCCUUUAUGGAACAGUGCAGUAGAAAUUAGUGUCAGUUUUCCAUGUGUGAUUUAUUUCUCACCAUCAUUCUUUCAUCAGAAAUAUACAUUGAGAGUAAUUUCUGUACUGUCAGGUUUCUGUAAUAUCUUUUAUUCCCCCUCUUGUUAAAUUUUAUAGCACUUUCCCAUAAGGGUACCAAAGAAUGGAAGACAGACACAAUUCAGCUUCGUUAUGCAAAUGGAAUAUGUACCCUGUGUUGGCAUUUAGCUGCUCUAGAAAUGCUACAGCUCGUUUCCAUACUGCUAGAUUGCUGCACUCCUGGCAUCUUCUGUAGGUGGUGCUUUCCAUGCUUCUCUAUGAACAGCGUAUAGAAUACAUGCUCUGAACAACAACUGUAUGGAAUUGGCACAAAGUUGUAAAUGCAGUAUUUAUUACAGGCAUAAUUAAACAACUGAGCAGACUCAGACACCUUAAUUUGAAUUAUAGAAACUACAUUGAUUACAUCUAACUGGGGCUGGUAUUUUAUUCACUGCAUUCUAGGCACUUGUUUUAUUUCAACCACUCUUGCUUUUAUUUAUCUAAAAAGAAAAAAAAAAGGAAGAAAAAAAAAAAAGCACUUAUUGGAUUUACAUUUCCUCUGUGGCUAGAAGUAGUGAUUAUUCUUUUGUAGUGAAGCCAUAAGUAAUCCAUAGGCUUCCUACUAUUGCCUUCAAGGAAAGGCAUUUCCUUAGACCCUAAGUGACUGUGUAAAAUCAGAAGUUAUUCCAUUUUCAUAGAAAUGUGAUCAGUUUUUUUCCUGUGAUGGAGAGUAAAGCCAAUAAUAGAAUGACCCAAGCAAGUGCUGGUCUCCUGUAGGAUAUGGUGGUGAGCCAUCCAGGCAGCUGGAGGCCUCCUGAAAGUGACAGCUUGCAUUUGUGAGAUGUACUUCAUUCAUUUGAAAUCUCUUCACACUUCUGUAAAUGAAAGAUUUAACAAAACACAUCAAAUAGCAAAGGCUGGCUGUAUCACCUUUCUAACUUUUUCAGCACGUAUUUACCUUCUAAUUAAACAGAUGGGUUUUCUGAAGGAAAUUACAUUAAUUUUCCCGCUUACAGAGUUCUAUAGUAACGUUGACUUACGUUGCCUUGUGCAGGAGCGGUUUCUGUGAGAACAGCUGUUAGCUGGGCAUGGAGAGCUUUGACAGUAAACCUGGGGCACAGCUGCAUUUUCAGGUUAAAUUGUACAACCUGACUGAGCUCAGACACAGCUGUAGAAUGCAGUUCAUUAGUAUUAAUAAUUAAAUCAUAAGUUGGUGUGAUAAAAUCUAAUUGAUGGUUUUAGUUCCAGUUGAUGCUAAAACAGUUUUAGUUACAUAGUCCUCUUUUUUUCAUCUUUAAGUGCUGAUCUCUUCCAUGAGUGGUAGCAAUAAGAGGCAAGCUGUCACACUGCAUGGCUGAGCAGAGCUUCUCUCCUGUGCUGCUGCUUGUGAGCAGAACACCUGAAGCACAGGUCUCCUCACCCAAACUUUAAUGAAAAUAAAGUCAUUGAGAUUUGGAUGCAGCAGGUCUGGUUUCACCUGCACUGUGAAGAAAGAGCUUUAUGAAAUUAUUCAGACAGUCUUUUGGUGAAUCCUGCUUGGUGCUGAAGUUUUGCUGGUGUUUAAGUUAGUGACAGACAGCAGUUGUAGUGAAAUGCAGUGCUUAGGAAUGGAGGACACAUUCAGAAGCUUACUUUUAAAAAAUACAUGUAAAUUAUUUACAGUUUUUCUCAUGCAUACCAGCCCCACUGGAACUGUAUGCACUGAGGGCAGUGCUUUCCUGUCCCCUGAGCCCUACAUCAGGUGAAAGCAAAACGGGCUGAGCUUGUAUUGUCAGCUUUGCAGCCUGACUUGUAAGUGGUGCAGCACGUCCUCAAGAUGUGGUGGUCUGGGGCUCAGUCCAAAGCAGCUUUGGAAAAUCUUUGAAAGCUACAGCAAGGUGGUAGCUCAGUCAAGUCGCUGUUGUGAGAUGCUCUGUUAAAUAAAUGUGGUCUGGGUACAAGAAUGAAUCUGCUUUGUCAGGAUUAAAAUGGUGGGUAAUACUUCAAAAAUAAUAACAGUUAAAAAAAAAAAUGGAGCUAUUAUGUUGACUUACUCAUCCAGGUGUCAUGUGAAUUGCUUACAAAGAGUGGAAUUUCCUAAGGUCUAAAGUAACCCUCACAUAGAAGUGCCUGUAUUCUGUUAUUGCCAUUCUUGAGCUUUUUAAGAGAGUCACAGCCAUAUAUUUUAUAAAUAUGAGCAUAUGCACCUUUCAAUCUUUAAAUUUGCAGAUCAAAGGUUUACAGAGCAGAAGUGUAGCAAAACCAAUGUACUAGCUUCUGUAAUUCCCUGGUGGGGGAUGGAGAAGUACAAAAAUGGGGAGGAACAGACUAUCUGUAUAAGAUGUCUUAAUUUGGCACCAUAUACUCGUCCAAUUUAGUUCCAUCAAGCUACGUGGUUAUAAGAGUGCCAGAAAUAUAUAUCUCUCAAGCCAUUCUAAAUAAAAAGCUCUUUGUUGACCUGUAUAUUCCAUUUGUUUGUAAAACAUCAUUUUUGUGCACUGUAACGAACUUGAAAUGAAACUCUCAUGCCACUGAACAGGGCACUGUUCAGCUACCUCAACGUAAGGUUGAAGUACUUUGUUUUUUUUUUUCCAGAUUUGUUCACGUUGUCAUAUAAAAUAUUUAAAAAAAAAAAAAUCAUAGUCCAAAGAUCCUGUAUUUGUUUGUAGAUGUACUUACAAUUAUGUUGUACCAACAAAGUCUGUGUGAAGCGUUGUUUGCUAAUUAAAAUUUUUGUGUUCUUUA